AUGUUCUGUCUUUCUCUACUAUGCCUGGCACUGGUGCAUUCUUUAUCCGUUUCUGCUACUGUGUAUGAUGUGCAGGUCGGGGGAGCCAACGGAACGCUGGCUUAUAGCCCGGAAGCUAUCUUCGCUCAGCCAGGUGACCAAGUCGUUUUUCAUUUUAAUCCAAAGAAUCACACAGUCACUCAGUCUUCAUUUGCCGAUCCUUGUGGUCCUAAGGAAGGCGGCCUUGAUUCUGGUUUUGUGCCCGUCGCUACCAAUACCACUGACAGUCUUCCAACGUGGACAAUCACUGUGAAUGACACUCAACCCAUAUGGGUGUACUGUAAGCAAGCGGCGAAUACGCCUGCGAGUCACUGUGGCCUGGGGAUGGUCUUUGCUGUCAAUUGCGGAGCUGAUGGCUCCCCCAACUCUUUUUCUAAUUUCAAGAGUGCUGCAUUAGCCGUUGGUGCGAGUCUGAGUGCCGCAGCUGCAACCUCUACAGCCUCUUCUUCCGAAUCCGCUGUGUCAACAACAUGGACCGCCGCAUAUGGUAAUGUUACCAUACCCCCUGCAGCCGAACCAACGUUGGUGACCGAGACCAUUACUUUGGAGGCAUCGACCUGGACAACGACAUACUCGUCGUAUCCAGGUUCGCCUGCAGCUACUCCCGCAUCCUUGGAGGGCAACGUCAUCAAGGUGACCGUUGGCGGAUCUAAUCAGUUGGUGUUCGACCCUCCGCGAAUUUCUGCUGAACCCCGUGAUAUUAUCAUGUUCGAAUUCCAGUCAAAAAACCACACUGUGACUCAGUCUUCCUUUGAUGAUCCUUGUCGCCAACUGAAUGCUAAUGGAACGAUUGGAUUCGACUCGGGUUUCCAUGCCGUCACUGACAAUGCAACUCUGCCAACGUGGAAUAUCACGGUGAACGACACAGCGCCUAUCUGGGCUUAUUGUCGUCAGAAGACUCCCACGAGCCACUGUGGAGCUGGAAUGGUCUUCGCGAUCAACUCAAACGAACAAUCAGCGCGAAACUUCAGCGCGUUCCAGAAUCUUGCUGAGCAACUCAACGGCACAGCGUCUACUAGCUCAAGUAGCAGUACUGCUGGAGAGUCCCAGACCAGUGUGCCAGCUAGCGGCACUCUCUCCGUGGGCGUGAGCAGUGCCAUACUCACAGUUGUUGUUGCUGCUGCUUUAGUUUCAUCCCUUCUCUGA